AUGGCCAGUACACAAACACCAGUGGAAGAGAAGGGGCGUUUGUCUAUCCCAGACAAGCUCCUGAAGGGAUUGGAUCCUGAAUGGGUAGAGCUAUGGGAAAAGCAUGGCAGUUCCAUGGUGAGAGCCGACGAGCUAUCUCUUGAAGAAUAUCGCAAAAGUCCCGCGACAUAUAGCUUUACCUACCCAACAUGCCCCGGUCCGUCCGUUUUCCAUGUCGAGGACAUCGAGAUUCCGGUCACUCAACCAGCGGGAAAGAUUAUGAUCCGGGUCUACACGCCAGAGGGACCAGGCCCAUUCCCUGUUCAUUUGAACUUCCACGGAGGGGGUUGGGUUCUUGGCAAUCUCAACUCUGAAGCUGCUUGGUGCAGACACAUGUGCAACAAAGCCCAAAUUAAAGUUAUCGAUGUUGACUACCGACUGGCUCCGGAGUUUCCCUAUCCCACCAGCAUCUACGAUUCAUGGGAUGCUGUGAAAUGGACAAUUGCCAAUGCCUCAACCAUCAACGUUGACCCGACGAGUAUCUCUAUCGGAGGUCUCUCAGCUGGAGGUCAAAUGACUGCAGUAAUGGCGCAUUUCGCCCGCGAUGAGGGUAUUGAUCUGAAACUUCAAUUGAUCAUUGUUCCGGCGACAGACAUGCGCUACUGUCUAAAGACCAGAGAGUUGAAUGAAAGCACAUGUCCCUACGAAAGUGUUCUGUUAUACCAUGAUGCCCCUUGGGGACCACUGGGCAGGGAGCAAUGGUUCUUGAAGUAUUGGCUCGGCGAUGAUGAUGCUACCCAAGAGAGAAUCUUGACAAAGGAGUGGAUCUGUACCCCGGUACUGGCUCCUUCAUUCAAAAACCUUGCCAAGGCACACAUCAUCACCGCAGAAUUUGAUCUCGAGCGCGAUGAAGGAGAAUACUAUGGCCAGCUUAUGCAAGAGGCUGGAAACGAUGUCACAAUGAAGAGAUACCCAGGCGUGCCACAUGCAUUUGGGCACUUCAAUCAUCCUGAAAGGGGACUCUCGCAAAGCUUUGUAUAUAUCGAGGAUACCAGUCGACUCCUUCGGAAGGUGCACUUUGGCAAUAGUGAAGAGUAA